AUGGUGAGCUGGAUCGACAGUACGGCAACGAUCACCUAUCAGAAUCAAGUGGGAAAUGGACUCGGGAAAUCAGAAUGUUCGAGUUGUAGCGAUGAUGAGCUCGGAGUGACGCGGUGGACGAUGCCUCUACUCAAAUCUGGAGAGAAGAAAUACUACCUUGGAAUUUUCUUCAAGGCGAAUUGGUUUAAGGCGCAACAGUACUGCCGGUUCCACGGCAUGCACCUGGCAUCGAUCUCUUCUCAGCAGGAAAAUGAUAAACUCGAGCAAUACGUUAAAGACUCAGGAUAUGGUCGAGAACACUUCUGGACAUCCGGUACCGAUUUAGCGGAAGAAGGUAAUUUCUUCUGGAUGGCCAACGGCAGACCACUUACUUUCGUGAACUGGAACGCUGGAGAGCCCAACAACUUCCGCUAUGAAAAUGGAGAAGAAGAGAAUUGCUUGGAAUUGUGGAACAGAGACGACAAGGGUUUAAAAUGGAAUGACUCUCCAUGCUCCUUUGAAACGUUUUUUAUCUGCGAAGUGCGGUCUGAUUGA